AUGACCCCUUGGGAUGGCUCCUUCCCCUUCUAUCCCACCAUGAAUGCGAAUUUCCCUUUCGACACCACUCAAGCUGUCAUCAUUUCUGUCUUCUUCUCUGCACUGGCCACUUGCAUCAUCAUCCUGCCAGGGAUCCGGGGCAGAGGGCAGUUCUUCUGGUUCCUGCGUGGGAUAACAGGCCUCUUCAUUGGAGCCGUGGUCCUCAUGAUACAAUUCACAAGAGACUGGGAGAAUGGCUGGGUGACAGCAAACACUUCCUACAAGUCCUUCAGCCAUGCUAUGGUGAAUGCAGACAUUGGGCUGCACGUCGGCCUGGCAGGGGUGAACAUCACGUUGGUGGGAAACCCAGUGAAUCAGGUCAACGAGACCAUCAGCUACAAUGAGCACUUUGCCUGGAGCUUCGAUGCAGAUUAUGACCACAGCUACAAUGAAGGCCUGGAGAAGGGGCUGCCCAGUCCCAUCCUCUACCUGGCAGAGAAGUUCACCUCACAAAGCCCCUGUGGCGUGCACAACCAGUAUCGCAUCUCUGGCCACUAUGCAUCCCUCACGCUGUGGAUGGCCUUCUGUACGUGGCUCCUUUCCAUCUUGCUCUUCUCCAUGCCCAUUCUGCUCUAUGGCGGCUAUAUGCUCCUGCUCACUGCAGCACUGAUGCUCUUCUCAUUGCUCUUCCUCUUCACUGCGAGGAACACUCCAAAGUGUCCCAUCCAGUUUGGCCCAGCUUCCCUGAAAACAGCUUACGGCAGAUCUUUUUGGCUGACUUUAACAACAGGACUGCUGUGCCUCCUUCUGGGCCUGGGUGUCAUCGUCCUCAAUUCUGUGCAGCCAGAGAAAUUGCAACUUCUCUUCAACCUGGAUGACAGGGAUGGAAAGGGAGAAGCAGCAGAAGGGCGGGAGAAGUCCUUCUUGCCAGCUGAUGCCAGCACUUCUGAGCAAGACAUGCUGAUGGUCCCUUUGAGUGAACUUUGUGAGGUGACAGUCACCAAACUGUAA